AUCCUCGCGCGGCUUUAAUUAGUUCCCUUUAUUGCUGUCGGAGGGGGUUGCAGUCUCCCGGCCAGGCCACGGCUCUCAGCCUCGGCAGCGAGGACCCCCUCCCCCUUAAGUACCAGUGAGUUAGGAGCGCGGGGGAGAGGAGGCAGAGCCGCCUUUUUUCUCAGCACGGGAAAGGUUGAUAGGGUACUGAGACCCUCCACCUCGCCGCGCGCCGCUCCCUGCCCGAGGCAAGUGCGCGUAGCCCCGAACACGAGCGACGGUGUCGAGGGCGGACGCAAGUUUUUCCCUCCGGGGAUACAGCAGAUUCUCCCCUUCCCCUUGUGUGUGUGUGGGUUUUUUUUUUUUUUUUUUUUUGGUUUUGUUUUUUGUUUUUUUUCCUCAGCCCGCCUUGUAUUGCAGGAGGAACCGCGGCUGGGAUCCACUCCGCUGGCCAUGCUCGCCGCUACCUGCAACAAGAUCGGCAGCCCCAGCCCGUCGCCCUCCUCGCUGUCGGACAGCUCGCCGUCCUUCGGGAAAGGCUUCCACCCCUGGAAGCGCUCCUCGUCGUCGUCCUCGGGCAGCUGCGGCGCCGUGGGCUCCGGCCUCCCCGGCUUCGGCGUGUCGGGCACCCCCCGGGGCGGCGGCUCGUCCUCGGCGGCCGCGGCGGCGGCGGCGGCGGCGGCGGCGGCCGCGGCGCUGGUGUCCGACUCGUUCGGCUGCGGCGGCUCGCCGGGCUCCAGCGCCUUCUCGCUCACCUCCAGCAGCGCCGCCGCCGCCGCCGCGGCCGCCGCGGCCGCCGCCUCCAGCUCGCCCUUCGCCAACGACUACUCGGUGUUCCCGGCGCCGGGCGUGUCGGGGGGCGGCGGCGGCGGCGGCGGGGGCGGCGGCGGCGGCGGCGGCGGCUCCGGGGCGCACUCGCAGGACGGCUCGCACCAGCCGGUGUUCAUCUCCAAGGUGCACGCGUCGGUGGACGGGCUGCAGGGCAUCUACCCGCGCGUGGGCAUGGCGCACCCCUACGAGUCGUGGUUCAAGCCCUCGCACCCGGGCCUCGCCGCCGCCGGCGACGUGGGCUCCGCGGGCGCCUCCAGCUGGUGGGACGUGGGCGCGGGCUGGAUCGACGUGCAGAACCCCAACGGCGCGGCGGCGCUGCCCGGCUCGCUGCACCCGGCGGCCGGCGGCCUGCAGACGUCGCUGCACUCCCCGCUGGGCGGCUACAACUCGGAGUACUCGGGCCUGGGCCACUCGGCCUUCGGCGGCGGCGCCUCGUCGCACCUGCUCAGCCCCGCGGGCCAGCACCUCAUGGACGGCUUCAAGCCGGUGCUGCCCGGCUCCUACCCCGACGCCGCGCCGUCGCCGCUGGCCGGCGCGGGCGGCUCGGUGCUGAGCGCGGGCCCCGCCGCGCCCCUCGGGGGCUCCCCGCGCUCGUCCGCGCGCCGCUACUCGGGCCGCGCCACCUGCGACUGCCCCAACUGCCAGGAGGCCGAGCGCCUGGGCCCGGCGGGAGCCAGCCUGCGGCGCAAGGGGCUGCACAGCUGCCACAUCCCUGGCUGCGGCAAGGUCUACGGCAAGACGUCGCACCUGAAGGCGCACCUGCGCUGGCACACGGGCGAGCGACCCUUCGUGUGCAACUGGCUCUUCUGCGGCAAGCGCUUCACGCGCUCCGACGAGCUGCAGCGGCACCUGCGGACGCACACGGGCGAGAAGCGCUUCGCCUGCCCCGUGUGCAACAAGCGCUUCAUGCGCAGCGACCACCUGAGCAAGCACGUGAAGACGCACAGCGGCGGCGGCGGCCCGGCCGGCCCGGGCGGCGGCAAGAAGGGCAGCGACACCGACAGCGAGCACAGCGCGGCGGGCAGCCCGCCCUGCCCGUCCCCCGAGCUGCUGCCGCCCCCCGAGCCGGCCCACCGCAACGGCCUGGAGUGACGGCGGCGCGUGUGCCCGGCCGCGCCCGCCGCCCCGCGCCCCUCUCCGCGGCCUCCCUCUCCGGGCUCAGUUCAAGGCGUGGACGGCCCCGGCGCCCUUCCGCACGGCGGCGCCGGGCCGGGACUCGGGGGCCCUGG